AUUGAUCUGGAUACUAUUGAUGUCAGCAAUCUCAACAGGCAGUUUUUGUUUCAAAAGAAACAUGUUGGAAGAUCAAAAUCACAGGUUGCCAAGGAAAGCGUGUUACAGUUUUAUCCAGAAGCUAAUAUUAUAGCUUACCAUGAUAGCAUCAUGAACCCUGACUAUAACGUAGAGUUCUUCCGCCAGUUUACGUUGGUUAUGAAUGCUCUGGAUAACAGAGCUGCCCGUAACCAUGUGAACAGGAUGUGCCUGGCUGCUGAUGUUCCUCUUAUAGAGAGUGGAACUGCAGGCUACCUUGGACAAGUAACAGUUAUUAAAAAGGGAGUGACAGAAUGUUAUGAAUGUCAUCCUAAACCAACUCAGAAGACUUUUCCAGGCUGCACAAUCCGAAAUACACCGUCAGAACCUAUCCAUUGCAUUGUGUGGGCUAAAUAUUUGUUCAACCAGUUGUUUGGAGAAGAAGAUGCUGAUCAAGAAGUCUCUCCUGACAGAGCUGAUCCCGAAGCUGCCUGGGAGCCAGCAGAAGCAGAAGCCAGAGCACAAGCAUCCAAUGAAGAUGGUGAGAUUAAACGUAUUUCAACUAAGGAGUGGGCUAAAUCAACUGGAUACGAUCCAGUUAAACUUUUUACUAAGCUUUUCAAAGAUGAUAUUAGAUAUCUGCUGACAAUGGAUAAGCUGUGGAGGAAAAGAAAGCCUCCAGUGCCCCUGGACUGGGCUGAGGUACAAAAUCAAGAGAAAAACAUAUCUGACCAACAAAAUGAAUCCUCUGCAAUCUUGAAGGAUCAGCAAGUUCUCGAUGUCAAGAGCUAUGCACACUUAUUUUCAAGGAGUGUUGAAACCCUGAGACUCCACCUGGCUGAGAAGGGUGAUGGAGCAGAGCUUAUAUGGGAUAAGGAUGACCCUUCUGCAAUGGAUUUUGUCACUUCUGCUGCAAACCUUAGGAUGCAUGUCUUCAGUAUGAAUAUGAAGAGCAGAUUUGAUAUCAAGUCAAUGGCAGGAAAUAUUAUCCCAGCUAUAGCUACAACUAAUGCAGUAAUAGCUGGUCUGAUAGUGCUGGAGGGGUUGAAGAUUUUAUCGGGCAAAAUAGAUCAAUGUAGAACGAUUUUUCUGAACAAGCAGCCAAAUCCCAGAAAGAAGCUAUUGGUUCCUUGUGCUUUGGAUCCACCAAAUCCUAACUGUUACGUGUGUGCAAGUAAGCCAGAAGUGACUGUGAAACUUAAUGUACACAAAGUUACCGUGUUGACCCUGCAGGAUAAGAUAGUGAAAGAAAAAUUUGCUAUGGUAGCACCAGAUGUACAAAUAGAUGAUGGAAAAGGAACUAUUCUUAUCUCUUCAGAAGAAGGAGAGACAGAAGCAAAUAACCACAGGAAAUUAUCAGACUUUGGAAUUCGAAACGGCACUCGAUUACAAGCAGAUGAUUUCCUCCAGGACUACACACUGUUAAUCAAUGUGCUUCACAGUGAAGACCUAGAAAAAGAUGUAGAAUUCGAAGUUGUUGGUGAUACCCCUGAAAAAGUUGGCCCUAAACCAUCAGAACAGACAUCCAAGAACAUUACCAAUGGUAGUGAUGAUGGAGCGCAACCCUCGACAUCAACAGCUCCAGAUCAAGACGAUCUCUUGAUUGUUGAUUCUGAAGAUGAAGGUUCUUCAGGCAAUGUUGAUGAUGAUGUGGAAAACACAAGCCGCAAGAGAAAGCUAGAAGACAAAGAGUGCGUUGGUACGAAGAGAGCGCGUACUGAGCAGGCAGAAGAGCAGGAUGAAAUCAUAGCGUUAGACUGAAUGUGC